AUGACUGAUUUCGCCAUUGGGGUUGUUUCGCAAGGGAUCCAGGUUUGUUCCGUCAUCGCGACCUAUAUCGGCGCUCUCAAAGAUCGCGAUGAGGACCUCGCCUCUAUUGACCGACAAGCCCAAGGCUUAGAGUCUGUCUUCCGGACUCUCAGAGAGUCUCUAACACAAGGAUCCUUGGACCCCUCCACAUCACCAGCCGCCGCUCAAGUUUUAAGCUCCAUGCAAACAUGCGAAGCUGAGCUUAAUAGCCUGAAGCAGCUUGCGGCACGUUUCUCAAAUAGCCUCUCACCUGAUGCACGCCCACAAGACAAAAUUAAGCAACAAGUUAAGAAGUUGAGAUAUCCUAUCCAAAAGCCAGAUAUUUAUCGAAUUCAAAAAUCACUUGGGGUGGUUAAAGAAACACUUGAUCUGGCUCUUCAAAAUCUUGAACUAAGUUACAGCUGUUUGGCAACUAGCAAGUUGAGCAACCUUGAAGCCGCGUCCCAACAGGUGUCAAGCAGCCUUGCUGCACUUGACUCCGAUAUCACCACAUUACACACAAAAUUGGACGAUUUACUUGAUCGACUUCAACAGAAUAACACCGCCGGGGCAGCCGCACUUUACGAGGCAAAUCCCAGGGUAGCCAUUUACAAGCUCGCCUACAAGCCAAGUAACUUAGCGGCGCUGUGUGCCAGCCUGGAAUCUACCACCAAUGUCCUCCGAACGGCUCCUAUAGCCGAAGCGAGCUGGUGUCCCUGUCGGCGUCACAUAGUUCACAGGACUAAACGAAUUUCUUGGCUGCCAUGGGACUUUUGGGAUGAUGAAAUACUUCGUUUCGAACAUUACAAAGGUUGCAAGUAUUUCAGAAGCAAUGGCGAUGAACGGAGCCGAACCCGACGCUUGAGGGUGACAAGCUUGAUAAGAAAUGCUGUUAUAAUCACAUUAUACACAAGCACUGGUGCAGGUGGCCAAAGUCUCGGCGUGAAUCUUGAAUAUCGUGUAACCGUUGACCGGAUGGUCUCCCCAGCUUUCCGUGUCAUAUCCGUUUUAGAGGAAUGUGCUGAUAUGCUCUGCUUUCCCUUGAUGCAGGGGGCCCAGCGAACAAACGGUCAGACUCAGUGGAAGAAAUUGGCCUUCUCAGCAGGCCAAAAAAUUGAAUAUCUUUUCAGACUGGGCAAAGCAAGCCCGAAAGAUGUCGACUCAAGGAAUAAAUCUCUACUCCAUGCGUCAAAUAUUGCUAGCGAUUUAAUUCUUGAGAACAAGGACAUUGAUGAAGCCUACUCCUUACCUAUAGCACAUUUAGUUACGCUUCUUGUCAAGAGGCAGGUAUCGGCAUCAUUGCUGGACUUGAAGGGUCGUCUAGCAUUGACAAUUGCGACCCCCGGAGAACCUUUAUUCAUACCUCUCGUCGAAGCAUUUUACCCAUAUGAUGCGGAUAUCCAUAACCCAAAUCCAUUCCCUUUGGCCUAUGACUUAGAGCCUAAAAAUCUUGCUUCAAUUUUUAGCUGCUAUGCUGCAAUGCAAAGAGUAGCCGAUGCAUUCUUCGGUCCAUUAUCAAUGGCAAUCUUAUCGAAUGAUCAAGUUCAAAUAUACCGCCUUUUGCGGAAACAUCCGGAAUUCCUUCAAGAAAGAGCGUACCGUUCUGAUCAGACUCCCUUUCACUUAGCCGACGAAUCGGUAAUCGCCAAUGCCUCGAAACAUUGCAAAAUCCAUCUAGCCAAGUCGCUAUUGCAACGUCGGCAAAAGCUGAAGUUAAUCGCGCAACAAUGCCUUUCGCCCCUAGAAAUCGACAAUUUCAGUUUGCAUAGGCCGGUUAUACUUGAUAUAUACGCUAUGCAAAUUGAUGAAAUUCUCCGGGAGAGGGGAUUUAUUGAAUUUGGACCUCUGGCUACAUAUGUGGAAGAUGACAUAGUCCACAGCUCUCCCAUCCAAGACAACAGGUCUAUCUAUCACGAACUGUACAACGUCGAAGAUGCGAAUAUCUACUUUGAUUUCGGGUUCCAUGAUAUUAAAAACGGUCCAGGCAUGCCUAAGAGAUGGAGGCCAAGAACCACGCCCUCUCGUAUAAGUUUACCAUUUGUGAAAUGGUUGUUGGAUCAUGACGCUCCUCUUUGCGAGUGGAUAGAGCCUCGGUUAUUUCCCUGGACUGGAUAUAUUUCAGAUGCUUUCAUCCUUGCAAUGUUAGGUAGCAAAUGGCUACUUAACGGAUGGGAACUUGAAGAUCAUGAAGAACUAGUACGUGAGCUUGAAGAACGCAUGUUGAUGGACGAUUCGGUUGAUAACUGCUUUUGUCGGUGUUCUCUCCAAGGCUGCACGCCAUUUGUGACGAGGCUGAAGAAUAUGAGAUUAAUCAGUGACGAUAUUGCCACAAUUUUUAGGACGUAUCUAAAGGAGUACGGCAACGCAUUGCGAAGGACACAUUACUAUGCCGCAAUACGGUUUAUUACUUUCGAUGCGCUGGGCAUUGCGCAUACAUGCAUGUGCAAAGCGAAAUUUUAUGGGAUACCACAAAAAAUGGAUGCGGAAGAGAUUGCAGAAAUACAGGGAGAGUAUGCGGAACUAUUGGAGCUCCUGGAGUCGUUGAUAGAGGAGUUUGAGACACAUGCCUUUGAGACCUUUGACGCGGCUACGGAUGGACUUGACAUUAUGAUUACUUUCUGGAACGGCUAUUGGGUUCGGAGAAUGAAUGAAGUUCUUUCUGAGCUCUCAAGAGCUGGUGAAGCAAGUAAUGCCGCCGCGGAAGAUCUAGGGGUAGUCUGGGGCCCUCAGACUGAGACGCAAAUGUAUAAGAAACGCGAAUGGAAAGGAUGGGACUAUUAUUUUCGAAAAAUCGAAGAGAUUGAAUGA